ACUAAAGAUGGGGGAGCAAGGUGGUUGGCUGGAGGCUAACAGAGGAGACUGGGCAGCCAUCUUGGAUUCCCAGAGUCAGACGGGUGCAGCCAAGGGCCCAGGGGACAACAUCACUGAGCAGGCCAGGACCAGAGAUGACAUAUUGGAGGUCAGUGUAUGGGACAGUGUCCUCAAUUCUGGGCUGGGGAUAAACACUGUUAACCACAACCAGAAACAGACAGUCGAACACAUAACAACAACCGAACUUAGUCUCCAUGACAACAGGCUGGCUGAGACCAGGGCGAGGCGUAGAGGCCUGUUUUGUAUGCGGUGGGAGAGAACAGACGCAGCUAGCGGUAGUCCGUCCUGCUCCUAUAGUUGUGAUUCAGAGAGACUGAUGGCAUCUCAGGUUAACCCCCUAACUUCAGCCUGCCGUCUAUAGGAUCUAUCAACUGGAACAUGGACCCUGCGACAACACAGACACUCCCUGGCCUUCGUCCUCCUCACACUCUCCUAAUGCUAAACCAGACCUCAGACAAUGCCAGUGCCUCAACACUAAAUGGCUACACAAGCCCAUUGACAAAUGACAGUAGUAGUGACGCUAUCAGCAAAUCCGGUGGCAAAGGGAAGUGCUUCCCAUGUUCGUUCUGUGGGAAAGACUUCAGUUUUCCCAAACAGGUGGAGAUCCACCAGAAGGGGAGACACCAUUCGGCUGCCCCCAGUGCGGGAAGAGGUUCUCCCGCCAACACCUGCUGAAGACGCAACUGAAGGUUCACAUGGGAGAGAGGCCGUUCACCUGUACGCACUGCGGGAAGAGGUUCUUAGAGAGGAGCUGCCUCAGGAUACACCAGCAGAAAAUGCACACGGCCCAUGUAUAGAGUAUAGUGACAUGUAAUGUAGUACUAGUUAGUUUAUAGUUAAUUAUGUUGGUUUUGGAUGUAGUAGGGAACUGGAUGAGGAGAACUGAGGAAAAAAUGAGUAUGAUGAGGCAGAGUAGAUGAUAUGGUGAUGGUUGGUGUGAUGGUGUCUGUAAAAAUGCUUCACUGAUAAAGAGUGACAACUUUGUCCUGUUGUUUGAUACUGGUGUUUUAUAGUGAGGUAAGGAUGGUGCCUUAAUUCAUGUUUACUUAUGAAGUAGUGAAGAUGAUAACAUUUGAUAAUAUUAUGUAAUGUUUCUGUGUGUACAGCAAAGAGAUUCUUAUAUAAUCCUUUUUCUUUCCAAUCUUUGUUUACAGUCUGCAGUCCAUGAAGACCUGCUGAUAUCCAGUGUUACUGGCGGGAGAGACUGGACCUCUGAGGUGGCUGGUCACAAACCCUGGCCCCGGAACCUGAAUCAGGAGCCGUCACUCUUCCUUCCUGAGUCGGAACCAGAACCCAACCGCGAGGGACAGAGACUCCACCACCACACAGAACACAAACAGUGGACAGGUGGACUGAACAACUUCAGUCCUGGUGGUCAUCA